GUUUAUUUAUUUUUUCAUUGGUAAGCUAGAUUCGAUGUUUCCACACUGUUAAAUAAUUUUAAUAUUUAAUCUGUGACACAAACAUAAAAAUGUCAGAUGUAGUCAGGAGAAAGGAAUCUGUGAUAAAAGUCAUCCGAUCACUUCUUAUAUCCUCACCAUCUGGGUUAACAUUGAAUCAGUUGGAAAGAGAUUAUCAAUUGGUUGAAAACCAGGGACUUCCCUAUCGAAAAUUCGGCCACACUGAUUUGUUAUCCUUCGUAAAGACCUUGAGUGAUGUCGUCAAGAUUGAUUAUCGCAACAGAGAGCUGGUUUUGUAUGGAAUUGCAGAUGAAAAGACGAAGCAUAUAAAAAGUAUGGUGGAUCAUCAACGAAAAACAUCUCGUUAUAUGGGACUUGCUAAAGUAAAUCAGCCUUCAAGACGUCCGAAAAGUGGACCUUUUGGUGCUAGACAAGCUAGAGGAGUUUGUUAUGUGAGCGCACAAAUACGUAGAAAUGUGUACAAUGUUGUCCAGUCCAAUGUAAAUGGAGUUCCUAUGUCUGUGUUUCUAGAUGUUUACAAGCAAGAGAAUGGCGUCACAUUGAAUCCUGAGCGACUUGGUUUUAAGCGUCUGCCAGAUAUUUUUUUAUCCAUGCCAGAUGUGUGCAAACUAGAAUAUGGACGAAGGGACAAGACUGGUAAUACUUUGUAUGUGUAUCCUCCGAAAUUGCAACAAGGGCCCGCAAUAAGUAAGACAAAAACCAAAGUUUCUGGUGGUGAUUCUAAAUCUCCUAGCGUUGAAAAGCCGGCUAGCAGAAAGAACUCUGUAUUAAAUUCUGAAGAAUCAGUUUGUGUUAAUGAGGAGAAACCUGCGAUUGCCGUUAUCAAAUCCGAACUCAAUCCUCCAGUUGAAGACAAAAUUUUCAGUAAUUCGGUCAUACCAUCAUGCAAGUUGUUGAGGAGUGAAAUUUUGGAAAUUUUAGCUGAAGAACCAAAGGGUGUAUGGGCAGUGCGAGUACCUGUGUUAUACAAAAAAAAGUUUGGCAAAGAAUUGCAAAUUCAAAAAGUUGGAUAUUUCAGCAUCAUUGAAUUGCUCUCAACAUUGAGUGAUGAAGUCAGCAUUACACGUCCCAAUCCAAAAGGUGAUUGGUUGCUUGCAAAAAGAAACGUAGAUGAAAUAGACCAAAGUAAAUUGUUGUGUGGCAGCUUUUACAAUGAAGGAUUGGAAGUUUUAAAAAUGGAAGUAAAGGAGAUGCUCAUCAAAUCAAAAGAUGGAAUUCUGCUUGAUCGAUUAUCUGAAAUUUAUGAAAAGACGUUUCGACAUACGUUACAUCUGGAUGAAUACAAUAUUUCAAAUUCCCUCGAAUUCGUUGUCAUGAUAAGAGGUGUCUGCAUCUAUGAAAAAGAUGGAAAAAUAUACGUAACUCUCACAGAAGAUGAGAAAAAAGCAAUUCACGGAGGGUAUAUCUCACCUAACUUGCCAGAGAAUGAUAUUCCUCUUGAUGCUAUAGGACCAAAUGCUUCAUAUAAAUUACCAACCCUUCCAUCUAAAGACGCCCAAUAUAUAGAUUUGUUUGUGUCUGAUGUUACCAAUCCAGAAUAUUUUAUGGUUCAAAUUUGCAGUAAACAGACUACUGGUGCUCUCAAUAUGCUUAUGGAUGAACUGGAAAGGUUUUAUUGCUCUCCAGAAGGCGAUAGAUAUAAGAUUCCUGAAUGUAUGAUCACGAUCGGUCAACUUUGCGCUGCGGUUUUCAUGGAAGAUAUGAAUUGGCAUCGAGCUGUGAUUGUUCGAAUCAAUAAAGCAUCGUAUGCUGAUGUGCUAUACGUUGAUUAUGGAAGCAUAUCUGCUGUGCCUAUUGCUUCUCUACGACUUUUGAAAUCAUGCUUUUUACAAUUGCCUUCUCAAAUGAUUAAAGCUCGACUGGCACAUAUUCAGCCAGCAAAUUUGAAAUCAUGGACUCUAGACUCCAGAAACUGUAUGCUUGAUAUGUGUCGCGAUCGUCCACUUGUUGCAAUGAUAACCAGUAUUGAAAAUCGUGUUCUCUCUCUUUGCCUUUGUGACACAACAAAUCCAGAUACAGAUUUACAUAUCAAUGACACCUUGGUGGAAAAAAAACAUGCUGUAUAUUUUCCCGACGAUUUGCCCAAAGAAGCUGCUAGUACUUUGAAGAGCUUUUUACAACAACAAAAUGAGGUUGGAAACAAGGGACCUAGUUGGCCUUGCAGUACUCAAUCCAUUACUAGCCAACCUUCAGACAAUUUGGAUCCAAGUCCUGAUAUUGCUUCUAAGAAUGAAGUUGGAAAUGAUAUUGACGAAAGCUACAAACCUGUUGCUCAACCACAAAUAAGAUUUGUUCGUCUGUUUUCAAUUAUUGAGGGUCAAUAUUCAAUAAACGUUAUUAAUUAUGAAGGAAAUCCGAUGGUCACAAGUGCAGAUAUCUCAUUAUUUUUCCAACCAUCUGGCGAUGAUCUCGUGCCUUUGCUGUUGAUGAGAAACCUUAGAUUUAUUGAGCUCGCUAUUGCCGACGAUGAAAAGCAUUCUCAACUUUUUAUUGAAAUGAGAGAAAAAAAUGUUCCUGGCACCAUCAGGCACUAUACAUAUACAAGUAUUGUAUUUCUUUAUCGUUUGCAAGAUGUACCUGCAAUCAUCAAAGGAAUUGGUCAUGCACAAGAAAAGGAUCUUAUCGAUGGAGUGAAAAAGAUAUUGAUAGCGUUUGAUCCAGAUUCUAGAUAUUGGAUUUCAGAUGAUGAGGAUGAUUGCCCAGAGUUAAUUUCUGUCGCUCAAGCAGGUAACCUUGAAUUAAGUAAACUUGAACACGAAAAAGAAGAAUUAUUCAAUAUGCGGAAAAAUUUACUUGAACAACUUGCAAAUCAAUCCAGUGCUAGUGUAGUGGACCAAACUACCGAUAUUGAGGAAAAGUUAUUUGUAAUUAAAGGAAAAAUCAAGCAGUUAUCGUGUACUUUACCGAAGGAAAUUGAAACGCAGGCACAACAAAGUGCAGUUCAUGAUGCAAUGGUCAGUCAAUACACCUCUCAUGCUGUCACAGUAGAAAAGAAAAGUGAAAACCUACUUACAGAAUCUUCACAAAUAUGCUCGAAAUCAGACUUAACAAGAGUGGCUGAAGUAGUGCCGUUUAUGAAACAGCAAGAGGCCGUGAAAACUAAUCUUGAUACUGAUUUUUCUGAAAUCUCUGGCGCUCAUCUUUCUCAUGAUGUUGUUGAUUUCACUACUUUCAACUUGGCUAAUGAACAACUACCCCCUUUAAUUCAUGGAUCGUCUGGAAGUACGAAUUGGAGAAGUACGCAAGUAUCAAAUCAAGUGGUAGUAGAUGGAAACGAACAUUUACCGUCAAGAAUAUUCAUUCCUCAAACGAUGCGAGAAUCAUUUACGCAGCCUAUGGCAGAAAAUAUCCCAUUUAUGUCUCCUCAGUCCCAAAAUGCAAUCAGUCAAGGUAGUCAAGUGCAAUUACCUAUUGGGCCGCGGCAGUGGAGAUUAAUGCCAUUGGCACAACAAAGGAUGAAUCAUAAUGCACCGCAAUUUUUUCCAAAUCAAAAUCAAGGCCAGGUGUAUUACAAUCAGAUGGCGAUUCCUGCCACUGGAACUGUUAAUAUGCAACAUUCACAGCAGUUGGUUUACACUCCUCAAAAUCGGCAAGAAGGACAAUAUUCACUUUUUAUGCCAGUACAAGGCAUGCCCUGAUUUGUUUGUAAAUAAUAUUGUAAAUAUUUGGUGUUUUAUAAACUUGACACUGUUUCUUUAUAAGUUUCUCACUGAAUUUUUUUGUUCUUUUAUUAAUGCACAAUUCUACUUCACAGGUUAUUCAUUGUGUUUCAUAUUUCUUUCGUUAUCAUGUUUUACUUUUUUAUUUUUUUAAAGCUGUGACUGCCUUAAUCUGCCGUUCUUUAAAAGUUCCACUGUGCAGUACAUUUGUUUUUAAUUUGUUCAUUUCAUUCCUCAGUGUAAAGAUGUUCAAGUGACCUGAUUUGGAAUUAAUUGUGGACAUUUUGUAGAUUUUUUUGGUAAAAUUGACUGCUUAAACAUUUCAUAACAUUUGGUGUUAUUUUUUCUAUUGAUUGAAUUGCCUCGCAAUUUUUGGUACGCAAUUACACAUCAUUCUGUUAUUAAUGUUUCUCUGCUCUGUUUUGGCAGA